UACAAGCGUCCAUAUAUAAGUGAUCCUUUAUUCAAGAUCAUAAGUAAUAAUUUAAAGUUUAGUUGCCAGGUUUAUAUAAAUUUACUUAAAAGUGAAACAAGUUACUCAAGCAUUGCGAAUCGCGAAAUUUCAAGAUGGUUCGACCGUCGAAUCCUCGACUCAUGGCUCGUGUGCUAGAUGCAGUGACAAAUCUGGGCGACACCAAAGGUUCAUCGGCUCGCGAAGUUCUCAGUUUUAUCCGGCAGAGCAACGUAUCACCCAAGAACCUGACAGUACAGGUGCAUCGAGCUCUAAAACACGCGGUGAAUGCCGGACUUUUACGACAUAGGAGUGGUCGUUACAAGGCACUGGCUACUCUGAAUCCUACUUCUGUCCCUACUCCAUCCGCCAACAAGGAGACAAUUAACGACAAUCAAAAAACUAAGGAGAAAAAAUCAAAAUCUGACGUAAAAGUGCCACUCGCCGACGCGGAAUCCUCUUCUCGUCGAACACAGGAACGCAAAAAAACUACAUCAAGGCAACCAAAUACUAGACAUCGUAGCAGACGUAAUAGCAGCAAAGUAAGGAGAUCGCGACGUUCGCCAUAUCCCAGACGAUCCAAUAAGACCGUUCAGAAUCGAAAGCGACGACAGCGAAAGCGCAAGUACGAGGAUGAGGAGGUCGAGGAUCAGUCAUCCGAACGGUACACCUUGCACGGGAGAGACAACGAGUCGCCCGUACCAUUCAAUCGCAAAACGAAACGUUCGAGAGUAUCCAAGCGAGAGCUUGAAUCCGACUUUUCCGACGAGAGCGAUCGCGAAAGCGACGUGAACCGGAAGCGCGUCUCUCGAUCGAGUAAAGCAUUGAGUCGACAACCGAGACGGAAAGAAACGAAGGAAAAAAGGGGCAGAUCGGCGUCGCGAGCUCGUAGUCCGCAGCUACUGCAACGAACAAUGCAAGGGCGACAGCAUCCGAUCGAGGAAGUCGGAAACGAUAGGCAGCAAUGUGACGAGAAUCGCGGGUCCAUGGAGCGCGACACGGCACACUCUCAGGAAGCGCACCAAGAGGAAGACGUCGCGGGAGUAUGCGAACCGAAUGACAGCCACAGCCACAGUGGCAGCACCCUGGAGAAUUUGAGAGACUGAGGGAGAAAAUUGCCAUUCUACGUUUUUUCCCUCACGCCUUCUUUCUUUCUUUUGCUACUGCCUUUUUAACGACUGCGCGUAUGUACACGUCAAUCUAUUUUGUUUUCUAUCUAUUUUCUUGUACUGAAAUGUGUCUCGUUUUAAGUGAUAAAUUUUUGAGCGCUUUAAUCGUGUAAGGACAGCUUGAAAUAUAUA